CUGAGGACUGGGAAGGUCCAACCAAUGUUUUUCACUUGCUUUAGUGGCUGCGGCUCCCUAAUUAAUUGCAGCUAUCUGUCUCCUAUCGAUGUGUGUGUACAUGUGUGUUGUGUGUGUUUCCCUUUUUCUCCCCAAACCGAACAUGAAAUAGUUUGUUAGGCUAUACUUUCUUUCUUCCUUUCUAAUCCCCCCUUCCUUCCUUCCCGUCCUGGUUCGCUGGUGGAGACCGGGAGGACUGAAACCCAGCUGUGUUCGCCGCCCGCCUCUGCUCGCUGCCGGUUCCCCCCCUCACUGCACGGUGAUGUUGGACAUGGGAGAGCGCAAAGAGGUGAAGAUGAUUCCCAAAUCGUCGUUCAGUAUAAACAGUUUGGUGCCCGAGGCCGUGCAAAGCGACAACAACAACAGUCACCACCACCACCACCACCACCACCAGAACCAGAACCAGAGCCAGAGCCAGAACCAACACCGAGUUGCUGCUUCGGAUGAUGCGGAGCAGAAAGCGCCUCUUCCGGCCUCGCCGCCGGACGGCAAAGCUGACCCGAAAAGCGAGUCGCUGAACCUGGAGAGCUGCCCGGAGGACAAGCAGGAGGAGAAAAAAGACGGGAAAGACGGAGAGAAGGACGGAGAGAAGAAAAGCGGCAAGUACGAAAAGCCUCCUUUCAGCUAUAACGCUCUGAUAAUGAUGGCCAUCAGGCAGAGUCCGGAGAAACGGCUCACUCUCAACGGCAUCUACGAGUUCAUCAUGAAAAACUUUCCGUAUUACCGGGAGAACAAGCAGGGCUGGCAGAACUCCAUCAGACACAACCUCAGCCUGAACAAGUGCUUUGUCAAGGUGCCUCGGCACUACGAUGACCCGGGGAAGGGCAACUACUGGAUGCUGGACCCCAGCAGCGACGACGUGUUCAUCGGUGGAACCACCGGGAAGCUCCGCCGGCGCUCUACCACGUCACGGGCCAAGCUGGCUUUCAAGCGCGGUGCCCGCUUGACCUCCGGCCUGACCUUCAUGGACCGGGCAGGCUCGUUGUACUGGCCCAUGUCCCCCUUUCUGUCCCUUCACCACCCGCGGGCCGCCGGCGCCCUCGGCUACAACGGGACGUCGUCGGGAUAUCCGGGCCACCCGAUGUCCUACAGCAGCAUGCUCACGCAGAACAUGAGCAACAACCACUCGUCGUUUCCGUCCUCCAACGGGCUCAGCAUGGACCGACUGGUCGGUGGGGACCUCCCCUACGCGACGCACCACCUGACGGCGGCGGCCCUGGCGGCCUCGGCGGUGCCCUGCGGCCUCUCCGUGCCUUGCUCCGGGGCCACUUAUUCAUUGAACCCGUGCUCGGUGAACUUGUUGGCCGGACAGACAAGUUACUUUUUCCCUCAUGUCCCACACCCGACCAUGAGCUCACAGACCAGCGUCGGAGGGGGCGGCUCGUUGCAGGCUGCCCGGGCUUCGGCUUCCAAUUCCCCGCAGGCUCCCUCCUCUUCCUCGCUGCCGUGUGACACUCUGAGGCCGGCUUUGUCCGGCUCUCUGCCUGCCUUCUCCUCGGGACUUUCCGGGGGUUUGUCUGACUAUUUUACACAUCAGAACCAGGGUUCGACUUCUAACCCGCUCAUACACUAACUCCCCUGAACCUCAUGCAUCCAUCCAUUCCUCCACCCAGUCAUCCAUCCAUCCAUGAAGGAGUGAUAAUCUCAAAGUGAUUGGAACACUAACGUGAUCGUUUUUAACACUGAACAUUUACGAUGUAAAAAAGACAAAUUAUUAUAAACUACUAUUAUAGAAAAAAAAAGAGAAGAGACUUAAACUGCAAAACAAAAAAGAGCAGCACUGAAAAACACAGAAAGCAGCACUGACAUUUCCAGGCGUGCGCUUUCCUAAAUGCUGGUUUUAUGGGAACCGUUUGGAGCUUCUAGAAGAAGCCGCCUUUCCAGCUGCUCCGCACGGGGAUGUUCUGCGCUCCUCAGGGCAGCAGGUCAGAGCUGCUCACACCUGAACGGACAACAGCCUUAAAUGAAAGAGUCUCUAUUACGUUCAAUUUAUUUCUUUAUUUUACAGAAGAAUAUAUUAGAAAUAUCUUAUUAAAAGGAAACCAAUUUCUCCCGAUAGUUCUUAAAAUAAAUGUUUUAAGUUUAAUAAACCUUGCGUACAACUGGAGCUGUCAUAAUAUGCGAUAGAUAAACUUUGUAAUCAACGUUUUUUUUGACUCCCUGGGAAAAAAGAAAGGUGCAAAGUAGAUAUUGUAAAUUGAACUGAGACCUGGGUAAAUGGUGUAAAUAUGUAAAAUGACCCCAGUCGGGAUUUCCACACACAGCGCUUUUAAUUGAUGUUAAUAGCAUUUUCAUAAUAUGUAAAAAUGGCAAAAAGAUUAUUCAGUACUAAACAGGGGUCCUGCUGGAAAUAGUUUCUUCAAAAACAAUAAUAAAAAAAACCUAACUAUUUUUUACUAAAAAAAAUACAAAUCCAAAUGGUUUUAGGGGUCAAACUUUAAACCUUUGGUUUGGAGCUGGAACAUAUAAGAAUAAAGCAAAACCUCGUCAGCACAUGUAGCAGUUUGAAAAUUACUGUUGACUUUAAAUUAGUAGCUUGAUUUAAUUUCCCUUCACUUUGCACGAGCAGUUUUUAAAAAAUACUUGCUGACCCAAUAGCAUUCAUUUUAAAUGACCUGGCUUCAGUGUUGAGCUUCAGGUCCUAAAAACUGCAUUUCGUUGCAGUUUCUGUCCAUGUAAUUUAUAAUCAUCUUAAUUAUUUUUGUUAAAGAAAAGCAGAAAAUAUGUUAAAAAUAAUUUAAAAGAAUAGCACCAAUUUAGGUUUCUGGAACCAAUAAACACUUUUGAUAAGAAUCAAAACAGCUACCAGGAAUAAGAUAAAAUAAAAUAAAAAUAAUCCAAGAAAUUAAACACAAACACUUAUAUUAACAUCAUGGUGUUUCUAAUGAAAUAUCUUCAACAUUUCUAAGUUCAGCUGUUUCUUGUGUGCCUGUAUGCUUUCAAUGCUUUAGUAAGAACCUGUCUAAAAAGUGUCCGCUUUGGUAUAAAAUUAUGAAAUUCUAAAAAGAUUUCAAUGAAAGAAUGUGCAUCUCCCUUCUAUUGGAUAAAUGCAUUUAUUGUGAAAUGUUUAUUCGUUUUUGUUUAUGAUGUAUUGCUGGUAAUUGGUUUUGGCCCAGUGUUUUCUAUGAGUGAGCAUGGAUGUGUCAUGAAUCAAGCUGUUGAGAUAGAAAAGACCACAAAGUCUCACAUAACAGGUGAGAACAUGUAGCGUAGCUAGCACCUUACUAAUGCUUUUGGUCCCUUUGAAGCUUGUAGUUUAUAAUCUGGGGUCCUCAAUGUAAAGCUCAGUUGUCCAGUUUUCUGUUAGAAGAGUUUAGGCCAAACUGGAAGUUAAACCUAAAUCAUCUCCCAAAUGUGUACAUUUUCUUUUAAAACCUUUCUGAUUUCUCCUGUUAACGUCUGCACUAUUUAGCCUUUUUGUGGGAGUAGAGGAGUUCCUAGUGUGAGUUAGAAAAAAACAAACAACCAAAAAAUACCUACAAACUAUUAAAAUCCAGACCAAAGUGGAGGCAUUAGCAUUCCAGUGAUUUUGUAAAUCUGAUUACCAGGCUGUCGGUGUAAAGUUUAAAUUUGGUUUUGGUGGCUCUGAAGUCGAUUCUUAAAGUGUGAAGCUGUGAAUUCUGCUACAGCGGCAGAUGUUUUGGCUCGGAGCGUUUGAUUGUCUGAUAUGAUACAACAACAAAGACAGACUUUCAGCAGCAAUUUGUUCGUUUCCUAGAAGAUGACUGCGAGCAGAACGAGUCCAACUGUAAUGCAAGAAGCAGCCCAACAAUGGAGCUGCCGUGCAACCCAAUCUCUGUCAGCCUGAUGCUAUCUGGCCCAUGUUAAAUGGGGUGACCAGCAGUCAAAAGACAAAGGAGCAACAGAAGGACCAUGGGGGGUGGGGUGGAAGACUAACUUUUCUUUCUUUUUUUCUGUCUUUCUUUUUUUUUGGUUCUUUCCUUAGUCUCUCUCAAUUCUCCCUCUCUGUCAUUUUUUUCUCCUAUUUUACUGGUGGCUGUCUUAGGACUCGCUAACAAACUUCUUUUUCAAAGAGAAAUGUUUUUGGAUGCACAUUUUAGUUUGUUGAUGGCUCUUAGGUUUUGAAAAGAUAGUUUUCCAUCAGCAACAACAACAACAACAAAAUAAUUCCCAGAAUAUGAGAAUCUUAUUCAGCAGUUUUUCUUCUCUAACAAGGUAUUUGCACUGAAAACAAUGAAAGCUCACUACUUGGCCUGUGCCUACACAGCUGGGAAGGUAUGUCAGGACAUUUUUGACUGUCGUGUGAAAACACCUCGGGAUAGAAUAUCAGUUUUCAGAGUUUUUGUUCUUAUUGGCCCAGACCUGAUGUUUUUGGCUUUCCUUCAUGUUUAAAUUACAAGUCUGUGAAAAUAGGAACUGACUCAUAAUAUUUCAGAAACAAUGUGUGAUGUUCAGGGUUGCUGUUAUUACAUGUAUCAUUCCAAGUCAGGAAAUGGUGUAGACCAUCUGUUGUAAAUGGUAGUUUUAUUUCACUUUACAAUUAAAUUCUUUUUUUUAUUUGAAUAGAUUAAAAUGGUUUGAUAUCAUUCUUAUUUCUUUAAAGAUUUUUUGGAACAGAAUUUGACAAGAAUGAGGGUGGAGUUUUACAGAGACGUACAUUCAUCCUUUAUUCUGCGAUUGGACAUAUUGAGGGAGUGAAGUUGGCUGACGUGAUGCUAAUCACAUCUCUGCAACAAAAGCAUUUAUUCCUAUCAUUAGCUUCUCAGUACUAAACAUUCUUAGAGUGAAACACAAAAGCUUCUCAUUUGUGCACAAAUAAUUUUAGCACCACAACCAAUGCAUAAAAACAGAAGAGGGAAAAGCCUGAGGAUAAAGCCGCUUUUUUUAUUUAAAACUGGAUUGAAUUCAUGCAUAUCAUCUGUUGAGCAUGUCACAGGGUUAUUUUUAUGAAA